AUGGACUCCAAGUACAAGCUGUUCAAAGGCAAUGGGCAGACAGUGGUUGACCUGGGAUAUGCACCAGGCAGUUGGUCACAGGUUGCUGUGGAAAGGACGAGACCGCAUGGCCGGGUCAUUGGUAUCGACCUCAUCCCAGCCCAACCGCCUCGUGGUGUAGCUACAUUUCAGGGCGAUUUUCUUUCGCCAGUUGUCCAGGAGAUGGUCAAAAACUUCAUUCUUGAAAGCCAUCAGAACCCAUCUAUUGGUCAGGAAACUGUGGAAUCCGACAGCUCUGUCGCAGAAGAAGGCAUCACGGUCGACCGCCCUAGCUAUCUCGAUAUGGAACGACACACGGGGCAAAACGAGCCACCACCAUCUGGACUAGAAGGAUCAAGCAAGCGCAUCGUCGAUGUUGUUUUGAGUGACAUGUCAGCACCCUGGGAGCAAACCACCGGCUUUAGCGUGAAGACAUUGAGUAAUCCCUAUCAUAGGUUGAUGAACACGAGCGGAAACGGCUUCCGUGACCAUGUGGGCACAAAGGACCUUUGCGCUGCUGCUCUACAGUUUGCUAGCGACACUCUUCGAUCUGGGGGACAUUUCGUCUGUAAAUUCUACCAGGGACCCGAGGACAAGGAGUUCGAGAAAAAAUUGAAAACUCUCUUCACCAAAGUUUUCAGAGAAAAGCCUGAUUCUUCAAGAAAGGUACUCCCCGAAGUCGAAUCAUGA